GCAGCAGCCCGUGUGCGCCUCCAGCGCUGCCGGCGGGGGCAGCCCCGCUCGCCUCGCCCGCCGGGGAUGUGGCCGCGAGCAGAAGCCGCCGCCGCCGCGAGGCGCCGAGCCUGGGCUGAGCCGGCCGCGGGUCCCGCCGCCGCCGCCGCCAUGGGGGACCGGGGGCUGCUGCUGCGCUACCUGCUGCUGGGCUUCCUGGGCUGGGGCGCGACCGCCCAGCCGGCGGGGGGCGAGUAUUGCCACGGCUGGGUGGACGGGCACGGCCGCUACCACGAGGGCUUCCAGUGCCCCGAGGACUUCGACACCCCGGACGCCACCAUCUGCUGCGGCUCCUGCGCCCUGCGCUACUGCUGCGCCGCCGCCGAGGCCCGGCUGGAGCAGGGCGGCUGCACCAACGACCGCGAGCCGCCGAACCCGGGGGUGACAGCCCAGCCGAUCUACGUUCCUUUCCUUAUUGUUGGAUCCAUGUUCAUCGCCUUCAUUAUUGUGGGUUCGCUGGUAGCGGUUUAUUGUUGCACGUGUUUAAGACCUAAACAAACAUCACAGCAGCCAAUACGAUUCUCUCUUCGAAGCUAUCAGAUCGAGACUCUUCCAAUGAUCCUGACCUCCACUAGCCUCCGGACCCCGUCCAGACAGUCCAGUACUGCAACCAGUUCGAAUUCUACUGGAGGCUCCAUUCGCAGGUUCUCUUUCGCCAGGGCAGAAUCUGGGUGUUUAGUGGCAUCUCCACCGUCACCUUACACAUCUGGCUGCUUACAAACCGGCCAUUCUAUCCACCUAACUCAACCAGCUGGAUUUUUGGUGUCAGCACCCUAUUUUGGCUAUCCCCUUCAACCAGAACCUUCCCUAGCUGGGAGGAGCUGCCCAGAUUUUAGCUAGGAGUUUUCAAAAGUAAUAUAGCCAUAGGAGGUAUACUGCUGCCUUGUACAUUUCACAUUAAUAUGUUCUGUAGUUAUUGAACUCAAAACCAUUUGAAUAGGGGAGUUGCCCAUUGAAAAGUGCAAGAUUGUGUAGAAACUGGUACAAAUACUUACUUUAGUCGUAAAACACUUUCCUCGUAUGUAACUGCAUAUAAAUUAUGAAACAUUUUAAACAUUUAUUUCUUUCAAAAAGUGACCUUUUGGUAACUUAUUCUAAUGUGUGCAGAAUUUCUUCAGAGAGAUGUAGAAGACCAAUUUGGGAUACAAUUAUUAAUAACAUAGCUAGAAGAGUUAUACAUUACUUUUGAGGUCCAAAUGAUAUUAACUCCGUUAUAACAAACCAACAAGAUUCUGCAACUCUUGAACAAUUGUUUAUUCACCAGAAUAGUCCCAUUUACGGCAUUGAUACUGCUCAGGUGAGUAAGGGUUGCAGGAUCCUGACCUGGGGUUGAGGGAAGAAAGCUAUAAAAAUGGGGAGGAAGGGGGGGGGGAAUUGUAUACGGUUAUAGAUACCAGAAUCUGAUUUUUUUUAAAGUGCACAUAAUAUAACCGAGAUUAGGGAGCAUAAACUUUAUUUUUGAAAGUAAAGCGUUAGAAAGAUAGGGCGAGAUAUUUUAAUAUUGUUUAAGUUUAGUUUAAAACAUGCCCAAGCUCCCAGUAGUCAGAUCAUUAUAUAUGGAAAAAGUACAGCCUACACAAUAAUCUCAUUAAGAGAUGGUCCAUGUAAAAUCCUAAAAGCAUCAUUACUUCAAAACAUUUUUAUGAAAGGAGAAUUUUCUGUCAGCAUUUCGUUCAGCAACAUUUAUAUAAAUACAUAGUGGACAAAGUGGUCUUCAAGUUCUAUUUGUAAAAUUAGUAAUGUAUAAAAUGUAAAGACAAAUUUGUAAUUUAAAAUGUAUGUACAGCAUUCACAAUAUUAAUUAUUUAGUAGUCAUAUUGAAUUGUUUUAUGUCAAACUGGCUGAAAUUUUAAUUUGGUUGUAAUUCUCUACAAAAUGCCAUUCAGAAACUGUGAACCUAUUAAGCAAUGUUCAUUUGGAUACAGGAUCAAUACAUUCAUAUUUUGUUUUCUGUAC